AUCGCGCUCCAGAACGAGGACACAGCCGAGGACGCCAUCGUCAUCACCGCCCUCAACGUCGCCCCGUUCUGCUGCCACGCCGACCUCAUGACUAUGACUCGUCCUGAGCUGCUGCAGGUCGCAUCUAUCUUGAAUGCCAAGCUUCCUCGCGCCCUGCACAUCGACGUCAGCCCUUCUUGCUCGGACGUGGCCAUCAGGUACGCGAUCGAGCUGCUCGUC